AAUUCUACAAACAAUUUAUAAUUCAAUGUGGUGUGUGUGUCAUAUUCAGAGACCGACUGCAGCUGAAUCAGACUGGAUCUCUGACCAUCGAGAACAUGAGAACCGAACACUCUGGACUUUAUAAACUACAGAUCGACCACAACACUGGGACCACACAUAGGAAAUUCACUGUCACUGUCUAUGAGUCUCCGUCUGUUAUUGAUGCUGGUGUUGCUGAAAUGAAGCUCAUGUCAUUGAAGGAGGGAGAUCCUGUCAUUCUUCAGACUGAUGUUCCUCAACUAACCGGAGAUGAGCUGAUAGUGUGGAGGUUUGGAGAUGAAGGAAAACUCAUAGCUAAACAUGAUAUAGAAGCCAAGAGCUCACCAUUAUAUGAUACUGAUGAGAGAUUCAGAGACAGACUGCAGCUGAAUGACCAGACUGGAUCUCUGAGCAUCACAAACACCAGAACCACAGACUCUGGACUUUAUACAGCGAAGAUCAGCAGCAACAAACAGACUUUAUACAAGAGAUUCAUUGUUACUGUCAGUGCCGCCACUGUGUCAGUGAUGGAAGGAGAUUCUGUCACUCUACACACCGAUCUUACUGAAAUACUGAACGAUGAUACAUUGCUAUGGUUGUUUGGGCCUAAAGAAUUUGUCAUAUCUCAAUUAACGAGAAAAAGCGACUUGACCUCAUUUUUUGUCACCGAUGAUGUGGGAUUCAGAGGCAGAUUGCACGUGGAUCAAAACACUGGCUCUCUCACCAUCAGAAACACCAGAAAGAGACACUCAGGACAAUAUAAACUAACCAUCUCCAGAGAAAAGAUCACAUCCAGGAUAUUUAGUGUGGAUGUCUUUGGUGUGGUUGGUGAGACGGGUGGAGUGAAGUCAGUAUCAGUGCUGGAGGGAGAUUCUGUCACUCUUCAGAAUGAUGUUACUGAAUUAGAGGAGAGUGAUCUGAUAGUAUGGAGGUUUGGAGAUAAAGGUGUCCUCCUGGCUAAUAUUGAUGUAGAAACGAACGAGGCCUCAAUAAAUGUUGAUGAUGAGCGAUUCAGGAACAGACUACAACUAAAUCAGACUGGAUCUUUGACCAUCAAAAACGCCAGAACCGAACACACAGGACUUUAUGAAGUACAGAUCAGAGGCCGAGAGAGCUCGCAGCAAUUCCUUCUUUCUGUCAGUGCUAGGCCUAUUCCUGAUCCGGGUCCAUCUACAGAUGUCACAGUUGGAAUAGUUGUUGCUGUUCUGCUGGUGGCUGCACUUUUAGCUGCAGUUGUGAUUUACUAUCGCCACAGGAUCUCUAAACUACAAAAACAAGUGGCUGAAGAAAAGACGGUGCCAGGGACAGAAGGGAGAUCUGUCAAUCUAGAGACUGGUACUGAACUACGGAAAGGUGAUGAGAUAAAGUGGUGGUUUGAGGACCUCAUCCUCAUUGAAUUCACAAAAAAGACCAAGGAGGCAAGUGAUACAGAAUGUGAUGUUCCUGAUGGGAUAUUCAGAAACAAGCUGGUGCUGAAUGAGAAGACUGGAGAUCUCAUCAUCAAUAACAUCAGGACCAUUCACUCUGGACUCUACAAACUACAGAUCAGCCGCAAAAACGGAAAAACCGAAUACAUGAGAUUCAUUGUUACAGUCACUGUGAAGGAGGUGCCAGCGAAGGUUGGAGAAUCUGUCACUCUAGACCCUGGUCUUGAAACACUGAGAAGUGAUCUGAUACUGUGGACGUUUGGAGCUAAAAACUGUCUUGUUAUUAAAGCCGAAUCAGGAACGACGAGUAUUAGUGAUAGAUUCAGAGACAGACUGGAGCUGAAUCAUCAGACUGGAUCUCUGACCAUCACAAACACCACAGAUACAGACUUUGGACUUUUUCAACUUCAGAUCAUCAACAGAGACCGGACCAGAUACAGGAGAUUCAAUCUGACUGAUACUAUGAAUGAAUCAACUGAAGAGAAACCACUGCUGAAUUAAGAGUAUGAGCAGCAGGGGACUUCAGUUUAAUAAGACAUGCCCACCAGUGCCAAUCACUGAGCUCAACAACAUCU